AGUGGCCUGAGCGAGCCUCAAACCAGCGAGUCCGACGCGCUGACCACUCGGCUACGUUGCCAUUUCGUAGUCUACAUUCACUUUCGUUCUUUUCUUUUCACCAAGGUUUUCUUUCAAGACGUGUUUGCGGAGCCCGAGGGUUCUCACAGCAUCGAUGGCGUGUGGCGAACCAGCUUCAGAGCGUUUGUACUAACUAAAUACUGGUGUUACCGGAUCAUCACCGCAGUUUGUGGCGUUCCAACAGCCAUUUUGUGUGGAAUCUACUUCGCAUGCCUCAGUUUUGAUUACAUAUGGUGUAUAAUGCCAUGUCUACGAGCCUACACAAUCGAGCUGCAAUUCCUUGGAAAGUUGUUCAGCUUGUGUGUUCGCAGCUUCUUCGACCCAUUUUUCGAAUCCGUGGGGAAAAUUUUCGGUGGAGUAAAAAUUGAACGAAAAACCUUUCAAGUAUGAUGCUACUGCUGGAAAAAAAAUUACGAGUAUCCUACAUGUACUUGUAGAAACCUUUUAUUACCAAGGCCCUAUUUUUUUUCGGGAUAGUCGACGGACCUGGGUGUGUUCGCUUGAGCCAGGGAGGAAAUGUUUCUAACAAAACGGGAGUGUUACGCUCCUCUUCCUUACACUCUUUUCCUCCUUGACUAUUUUCAAGCGAAAAAGAACUGCCUAUGGUCGAAGCACGUGGCUUUGGUAUCUCGGUAAUAGCUAGGUUCAUAGCUGGGAAACACUGGGAUUCUGCAGAAUAAGAUUACAUACAAAGUCAUGGGGUUUCAACAGCUUCUACGCCCCACAUCCCCUUUGGCUGGUAGACCGCUGUGUCGAGCUGUGGAAGCGUUGCAAACUACAGUCACAUUUAAUUUCUGGUCAAAUUUGUUAGUUUUGACAGCCUUAUAUGAAUAAAUUUAACAUUAUAUUACUGAAUUAUUUAUUCCGAGUGAUGUAAAGCCUAAUCUCCUUUUCCUAUAUUUAGUGCGUUUGGAAGUUACAUUUACGUUUUAACAUAUGUAACCCAUCGAAUUCACCAUUCCAUGCCACUGACAAGUUAUAAGAAUUAAUUUAAUACUCCACGUUGUUUUUAAUGUGGCUCUGUUCAUGGAAACAACUGAAACAAUCACUACUUACGCUUUCUUGGAAAGUUCAUUUUAUUACGUCUGUGUUAACUGAAUUUGCUAAAACGUGCCUCCUGGGUUUCUCUUGAACAUGGGUAUCGUCCAUUUUAAAGCCAGGGAGCCCCCAAAAAAUGUAUCGGUAUAAUUUCCGUCCGCACUGACACCGGUGCUUGCAGGUAGUCCAGGUAGGUAGGUAACUAGUUCUAGCCGGGAUUUGGUAGGGGAACUUUAGAUACUCUGGUAAGUGUUUUUAGUGAGAAAGCAGUGCAAAGUCAAGGAAUUUUCCCCGUGGGCUAGCCCAGCCAAAUCCAUGCUCUGACUGAUAAUCAUAAAGCUAAUUGCAGAGCUCGGGGGGAGCGAUUGACUAGUCAUAAGUGUCAUGGGUGGGGAGUGUGAGUUCUUGAUUCUUGGAUUUGGCCCUCUAGAGAAUGAGUGCAGGCACCUUCUAUCAAGAUCCGGUCAGUCAUAAAAUAUGCAGAUUGACAGAAGCCUCUCGACGAAGACGCAAAGAGUUAAUUCUUUUCUACCGAGACGGGUUGGAGAGGCACAGGGUUGGGACGAGGGCUCUCCCUGCCCGCUCACGGUCCUGCCCGCCCCUCUUUAUCCCGUCUCUUUUCUUAGUCCCGGUUCAGACGCCGUACUUUUCAUGAGCCGAACCUAAUACAUUGAAUUAAGUACAUGAAAAGUUCGGCGUCUGAAUCAAUUAGGAACGCCUGUUUCAAUUUGGAACCGCUCAGCCGUUCUUUUCGCCUAGCCCGGCCGGGAAUUUCGCCUUCGGAUCGACUUUGGAACGCCUUUGAUUCAGACGCCGAACUUUUCAUGUACCGAACCAAAUGCAGAAAUUCUUACAACGUAUAUAUUUUGUAAGCAGUUUGACCGAAAUGCGCAUUUUUCGCCUUCUGAAUUUAGUUCGGCUGGAAUUAAGAUCGGCGUCUGAAUCACUUUAGCCGGUCUAAAUAAUUUGGGUCGGCCUUAAUUCGAAUUAGGUUCGGCUCAUGAAAAGUUCGGCGUUUGAACCGGGCCUUAAGCACCCUAUACCUGUUAGAUUAACCGCGACGACGGAAAUCUGAGCGCUAGAUACGGCAGAACAGGUUACAUUUUCAUUUUGAAUGCUAUCGUCAAAAUUUUAAAGAUUCAACGAAAAGCUAAUUUAUCUUCUUCCUAUUUUCCUUUAUUUUUUUUUUCGUGAUGCAAUAAGCCAGUGCAAACUUACUACGUCCUCCUCACGAAACCCUCUCUUUGUUUUUGUUUCAAUACCUUUUGAAACACAAAGAACAAACUACCAGUCAAAUUCAAUUAUUUGCUUUUCAUACAGGUGGUUGUAAAGACAGAUUUGAUGUUGUGUUUUUAUCGUUUUCCACUGAGUUUAUAUUCCAUUUUAGUGUGAUACGUUUUGAUACAUUUUGCGAUAAAGCCAAGAACCAUGUCCAGAGAUGAACUGCGCGAGGUUGAAGUACAAGUCAGAGGCAAUGAAAACGAAGCACAAUACGGACAUCAAAUAAGUAUGAAAGAUAGAGAUCCCACAGCAAUGAAUGAUCACGUGAAGGUAAAUAAACCGACGACACAGGCACUGAAUUUAACACGCUAACCGUUACACUUUCAAAAUGGACAAAAACGUAUUUGUAUUAAUCACCAAAUUUCAUCCAAGGGUUUACAAUUGAGAAAAAAAUUUUUCUAAUUUUUCUUGGCAUAUGAGUGGCGACCCUUUUUACCCAGAGAAUUAAGUUUUGUGACCAUUGGACAAAGCAAUCGUAGUCACGUAAACGUAUGGUUACUAAAACUCCGGGAUCCAAAAGCACUUUGCAGAAUACUUUCAUUACCAGUGAUACUUUCGCGUUUGAAAAUAAUGUUUUCCAUCUGGUACUUUUUUAGUCGACUUAACAGCAACCUCCCAGAUUUUAAAAUCGCAUAUCAAGACGAUGGUGGUCGAUGUUGACUAUACUAAGAGCUUGGUCGCCUGAAGGGAUCACUUUGAUUGCAUGACCAGUUCUACGAUCUUUUACACAAGAUCUUUAACCGUGAGAAAAACAUGGGUAAAAUAAACAAAAAAACAUCACAGGUGACCCUUGUGAUAGACCAGAAUGUCCUCUAGGCCUUCUGGUGUAUAUGGAAUCAAAUUUUCAGAACUUUUCAGUUCCAGUUACAAGAAAAUUUUCUGACUUCAAUCAGAUCUUGAAAUAUUUCAUUCUUUAUCAUCUAGGUGUUUUUUCAAGAUGUGUUCGCCGAACCAGAAGGAUCCCAUAGUAUUGAUGGAGUUUGGCGUACUAGCUUCAAGGCCUUUGUUAACACAAAGUUCUGGUGUUACAGAAUAAUUACAGCUAUUCUUGGCAUCCCCACCGCAGUGCUUUGUGGGAUAUAUUUCGCCUGUCUCAGUUUUGAUUAUGUUUGGUGUAUAAUGCCCUGCCUGAAGGCGUAUGUUAUUGAGUUGCAAUGCUUAGGCAAAGUAUUUGGGCUCUGCCUGAGAACAUUUUGCGACCCUUUUUUUGAAUCUGUAGCAAAGAUAUUUGGUGGGAUCAAGGUUUCGACGCAAACUGUAUGA